AUGAGACCCUCAACUCCUACUGCAGCACAGAAUCUCUCCCUUGAAGAAGAAGAAGAAGAAGAAGAAGAAGAAGAAGAAGAAGAAGAAGAGCUGCACAAAGAGGUUCCUCGAGCAUCCACUAAUGGCACAAGUGAGAACCGACAUCAUAUGGAAAAUGAACACCUGGACCUCGCAGCGGGCAGAGAAAGGCCAAGGUCACGAGGGCGGGGCUACACAGGAGAAGCAGGGUCAUUAAAUGACCAAAGAAGCCUGGACACAUAUAAAUACAGCUGGAUUACAUGUCCCGUCAUUUUAUGGAUGCUUGGCAAUGUGGAGCAAGAUGAAUGGAAACCCUACUGGAGACUUCAAAUUAUUUCCCUGGAAGCUUUUAGGGAGGUCGCCUUCACAGGAGUGGGAAUGGAAGCUGGAAUAAGAAAACAAUUCUUGGGUUCAUCACAAAAUUUAUUUCCAUUGAAUGUUUUCAGGAAGCCGUUCCUGGACGACGUCUACAAAGUGCUGAACAGUUCUAUGUAUGUAGCUUCGUACUAUGGCGACAAUGAUCUGUUAACUUGGACCGCUAAUCGAGGGACAGAUGAAGAGGCCCUGAUGUCUGUGCAUUCCAUAGAAGUCAACUACUCCUCUGGCAGUAAAUCUCCGGUGCCAAGUGAUGUUUCUGACUCUAUAAAAAACGCCUGCCCGCUCGUCCCGGGACGAAUCGGCGGUGCGCCUGCCCGCCCAGUCCCGGGACGCUCAGGCGGGCGCCUGCCCCACCCGUCCCGGGACGCUCGGGCGGGCGCUGCCAGCCCGUCCCGGGACGUUCGGCUCGGCGGGCGCCUGCCCGCCUGUCCCUGGGACGCUCGGGGACCCUCGGCGGGCGCCUGCCUCCGCGCCAUCCCGGGACCCUCGGCGGACGCUGCCCGCCCGUCCCGGGACCCUCGCGGACGCCUGCCCGCCCGUCCCGGGACGCUCGGCGGACGCCUGCCCGACCCGUCCGGGACGCUAAGGCGGACGCCUGCCCGCCCGUCUCGGGACGCUCGGCGGACGCCUUCCCGCCCGUUGUCCCAGGACGUUCGGCGGACGCCUGCCCGCCCGUCCCGGACGUCAACGGGCGCUGCCCGCCCGCCCCUUCCCGGGACGCUCGGGACCCUCGGGGGGCGCUGCCUGCCCCGUCCCUGGACCCCUCUCCGACGGACCGCCCGCCCGUCCCCGGGACGCUCGCGGACGCCUGCCCGCCCGUCCCGGUACGGGCUCGUCGGACGCCUGCCCGCCCGUCCCGGACAUUCGGCGGACGCCUGCCCCGCCCAGUCUCGGGACGGCCCUCGGCGGACGCCUUCGGCACGUCCGCCCUUGACGCUCCGGCGGUACGCCCUCCCCCGUCCCGGGACGCUCAGUGGACGCCUGCCCGCCCGUCCCCUGGACGCUCGCGGACGCAUGCCCUCCGCCCGUCCCGGGACGUCGGCGGGCGCCUGCCCGUCCGUCCCGGGAAUGCACGGGCGGGCGCCUGCCCGCCCGUCCCUGGGACGCACGGCGGACGCCUGCCCGCCUUCCCUGGAAACGCUCGGCGGACGCAUGCCCGCCCGUCCUGGGACGCUCGGCGGGCGCCUGCCCGUCGUCCGGGAUGCACGGCGGGCGCCUGCCCGCCCGGUCCCGGGGACGCACAAGCGGACGCCUGCCCGCCUGUCCCUGGACGCUCGGUGGCGGACGCAUGCCCCGCCCUCCCCGUCCCGUCCGAUGCCCUCGGCGGGCGCCUUUUCCCGCCCGCCCGUUCCCGGGAUGCUCGGCGGGCGCCUGCCCGCCCGUCCCGUGACGCUCGGCGGGCGCCUGUCCCGCCCGUCCCGGGAGAUUGGCUCGGGCAGGCGCCUGCCCGCACGUCCCGGGCUCGGCGGGCGCCUGCCCGAGUCCGGGACGCUCGGCGGGUGCCUGCCCGCCCGUCCCGGGACGCUCGGGACCCCCUCGGCGGGCGCCUGCCUGCCCUCCGGGACCCUCGUCGGGCACCUGCCCGCCCAUACCCGGGACGCUCGGCGGUACCGCCUGCCCGCCCGUCCCGGGACGCUCGGGCGGGGGGACCUGCCCGCCCGUCCCGGGACGCUCGGGUACCCUCGGCGGGUGCGCCUGCCUCCCCAUCCCGGGACCCUCGCGGACGCCUGCCCGGCCCGUCCCUGGACGCUUGGCGGACGCCUGCCGCCCGUCCCGGGACGUUCGGGCGGACGCCUGCCCACCGCCGUCCCGGGACGCUUCGGCGGACUCUGCCCGCCCGUCCUGGGAUGCUCGGCGGAAACGCCUCCCCGCCCGCCCGUCACCGGUUUGCUCGGCGGACGCCGUGCCCGCGUCCCCGGGACUCUCGGCGGACGCCUGCCCGCCCAAUCGGAAUAUACCACUGCAUCUUCUCAAUUCACCUGGGGAUUCUCUGAAUCUUCAAGUUCUUUUCCUUGCAUUCCCACGCUCGGCGGACGCCUGCCCGCCCGUCCCGGGACGCUCGGCGGACGCCUGCCCGCCCGUCCCGGGACAUUCGGUGGACGCCUGCCCGCCCGUCCCGGACCGCUCGGCGGACCGCCUUCACGCCCGUCCCUUGACGCUCGACGGACGCCUGCCCUCCCGGUCCCGGGACGCUCAGCGGACGCCUGCCCGCCCGUCCCUGGACGGCUCGGCGGGAACGCAUGCCCGCCCAUCCCGGGACGCAUGGCGGCGGGCGCCCUGCCCGUCCGUCCCGGGGAUGCACGGCGGGCGCCUGCCCCGCCCGUCCCGGGACGCUCGUCGGGCGCCUGCCCGCCCGUCCCCGGGACACUCGGCGGGCGCCUGCCCGCCCGUCCCGGGACGCUCGGUGGGCGCCUGCCGCCCGUCCCGGGACGCUCGCAGGGUGCCUGCCCCCCGCCUCCCGUCCCGGGACGCUCGGUACCCUCGGCGGGCAAACUUCCCGCCCCUCCCGGGACGCUCGGCGGAAAACGCCUGCCCGCCCGUCCCGGGACGCUCGGCGGGGGGGACUGCCCGCCCGUCCCGGACGAACCUCGGGGACCCUCGGCGGGCGCCUGCCCCGCCGUCCCCGGGCCCCUCCCCAGCGGACGCCUGCCCGCCCUGCCCUGGACGCUUGCGGACGCCUGCCCGCCCGUCCGGGACGCUCGGGCGGAACGCCUGCCCGCCCUCCCGGGACGCCGGCGGACUCUGCCCGCCCAUCUGGGAUGCUCGGUGGACGCCUGCCGCCCGUCCCGGGUUGCUCGCGGACGCCCUGCCCGCCGGUCCCGGGACGCUCGGCGGACGCAUGCCUGCCCGUCCCGGGACGCUCGGCGGGCGCCUGCCGCCCGUCCCGGGAUGCUCGGCAGGCGCCUGCCCGCCCCGUCCCGUGACGCUCGGCGGGCGCCUGCCCCGCCCGCGCCCGGAACGCUCGGCGGCGCCUGCCCGCCCAUCCCGGGACGCUCGGCGGGUGCCUGCCCGCCCGUUUCCGGGUUAACGCUCGGGACCCUCGGCGGGCGCUGCCUGCCCGUCCCUCCCGGAACCUCGGCGGGCACCUGCCCGCCCAUCCCGGGACGCUCGGCGGACGCCUGCCCGCCCGUCCCGGGACGCUCGGCGGGGACCUGCCUGCCCGUCCCGGGACGCUCGGACCCUCGGCGGGCGCCUGCCCACCCGUCCCGGACCCCUCGGCGGACCCGCCCCCCGCCCGUGUCCUGGACACUUGGCGGACGCCUGCCCGCUCGUCCCGGGGACGGGCUCUCGGUACGCCUCCCCCGCCCGUCCGGACGCUCGGCGGACUCUGCCCGCCCGUCCUGGGAUGCUCGGCGGACGCCUGCCUGCCCGGUCCCGGGUUGCUCGGCGGACGCCUGCCCUGCCGGUCCCGGGAGGGACGCUCGGCGGACGCCUGCCCGCCCGUCGCGAGACGCUCGCGGACGCAUGCCCGCCCAGUCACGGGACGCUCGGCGGACGCAUGCCGGCCCAGUCCUGGGACGCUUGGCGGGCGCCUGCCCGCCCGUCCCUGGGGGGGGACGCUUGGGGGCGGGCGGGCCUGCCCGCCCCGCCCGUCCCGGACUCUCGGCGGAACCCCGCCCACCCGUCCCAUCCCCGGGACGUUCGGCGGACGCAUGCCCGCCCGUCCCGGGACGUUCGGCGGACGCAUGCCCGCCCGUCCUGGGGACCCGUGGCGGGCCUCGCCCGGCGCUCCUUGCACAGUGUAACAGCUAUUCUGUACCUUAG